CCGUUCCCACAAUGCAGUGCGGCUGAGCGCCUCGAAGCCCGCGGGGACGCUGCGGGGGGACCCCGGCUGAGGCGGCGGCGGCGACGUGGGCUGCGGCGGGCCCGCGGCGUCGGGCGGUGCGGAUGUCGGGCUGGGCGGACGAGCGCGGCGGCGAGGGAGACGGGCGCAUCUACGUGGGGAACCUUCCGACCGACGUGCGCGAGAAGGACCUGGAGGACUUGUUCUACAAGUACGGCCGCAUCCGCGAGAUCGAGCUCAAGAACCGGCACGGCCUCGUGCCCUUCGCCUUCGUGCGCUUCGAGGACCCCCGAGAUGCUGAAGAUGCAAUUUAUGGAAGGAAUGGUUAUGAUUAUGGCCAGUGUCGGCUUCGUGUGGAGUUCCCCAGGACUUAUGGCGGUCGGGGUGGGUGGCCCCGCGGUGGGAGGAACGGGCCUCCUACAAGAAGAUCUGAUUUCCGAGUUCUUGUUUCAGGACUUCCGCCAUCAGGCAGCUGGCAGGACUUGAAGGAUCACAUGCGAGAAGCUGGGGACGUCUGUUAUGCAGAUGUGCAGAAGGAUGGAAUGGGCAUGGUUGAAUAUCUCAGAAAAGAAGACAUGGAAUACGCCCUGCGUAAACUGGAUGACACCAAAUUCCGCUCUCAUGAGGGUGAAACUUCCUACAUCCGAGUUUAUCCAGAGAGAAGCACCAGCUAUGGCUACUCACGGUCUCGGUCUGGGUCAAGGGGCCGUGACUCUCCAUACCAAAGCAGGGGUUCCCCACACUACUUCUCUCCCUUCAGGCCCUACUGAGACAGGUGAUGGGAAAUUUUUCUUUAUUUUUUAGGUGAACUGAGCUGCUUUGUGCUCAGAAUCUACAUUCCAGAUUGAUGAUUUAGUGUCUUAGGAAAUUUUUUUAAUUUUUUUUUAAGGAAAUAAAAUACAUAAUUUCUACCAGGGCCAUAUUGGCAGUGAAGCAUUUUAAACUGCAGAAAUUGUGGUUUUGGUUCAGAAAUAAGUUGUAUAUUUUUCACCCCUGAUUAUGGGAAAAAAAUCAGUGCUGUGUCUUUGUGGGUUGCUCUACUAUGGAGAUCAGCAGUUACUGUGACUGAGUCGGCCCAUUCUGUUUAGAAAUAUAUUUUAAAUGUUUAGUAAUUGACAUGUGUGGUUGUCCUUGAUUAAGUUAAUGGAUUUCACCAAACAGGUACACUGGUUAAAAAGAAAAAAGUAAUUGAGUUGUAGUAGCAGCUUAUACCCAGUUGGUAAGGAGCAGAAGUGGAUAACUAUUUGGGGACAAAGAUAGUUGCUAUGUUGGUGGUUUGAGAAUUUCAAUCCCAAGAGUUGCUUCAGGAUUAUCUUAUAAUUCAAGGCCAAGCUUAUAAAUAAAGCUGCCUUAAAGAAGACGGGAGCAUUUAAGACAGGGCAAAGGAAUGGAAAGAAUAAAACAGACUUUUUAAAGUCAGCAGCAGCAUAAAGAUCACUGGAAGAUUUUAAAACCAAAUGUGGCAGUUUGGAGCGGGGGGAGUCUCUUUAAAUUUUGGUUCUAUCACUUUUAUCCAUAAAUCUGUUUCAUUUA